AACUCGAUGGGUACUUCAUACUUGUCAUUCACUUCUAAUUUCGAUUUUCGGUCACAAUUGAAAAUUUAGAAAACUCUAAAAAAUAUAAAUUUCAUUUCAUAAACUUAUUAACGUCACAACCGAAACGGGCUUCGUAAUUAUCUCUAUAAAUUUAUUUCAUAUAUAUAUUAGAACGCGACGAAAGGGAAUUCAGAACCCAGUUGAAAGUAUAUAAUUCAAGUAAAAUGGUUUGUGUCCCAUGUUUCAUCGUUCCAGUUCUGCUAUUCCUAUGGCACAAGUUUAUUCAGCCUUACGUUUUACGUUUUUGGAACCCAUGGGCUGUUAAAGAUGCGGAUGGAAAUACGACAACUGAAUUCCCAUUUAAGUGUGAAGGUGGUGUUUGUGCGUUUAAGAAAAAUAAAGUUGCUGACAAUGUUGACAAGGUUCCUACUGCCAACGUAUCCAAAAUUGAAAAAUCUCCAGAUGUAAGGUUUAAGUCAGAUUAAAAAUAACUGUGAUAAUUUAUUAUUUAUACUAAAUAAAAUGUCAGACCAUUCAGCA